AUAGAUCAGCCAAGCUUUUCAGAAACUGCUGGCCUGGCUGUCAUGUGCAGUGAGAGGGGAAGUGUGAAUUGUGUAUACGUGCCUUAAUGUGUGUGUUCGUGAUCGAGGGAGCGGUGAUGUGAGUGAAUAUACUGGGUCUCUCACAUAGACUUCUAUAUUGCAUUCCAGCUCAGAACACAUGGGCCUAGAGACUAUUAACGCUAGGCUAGUAUAUGCCAAUUAGAAAACCCUCCUCGGGACGGGUCUUUGUAGGGGCUGAAAAUGACAUUUUCUUUUCAAAGUAUCCGCAGUUCUACUAAGGUGGUCUUGGAGUCUUCUAGCCUAAGUGUCCAAAAUGUAGCCUAGUGGAGGGCUAACUGGAGGGCCAGUGGACCGAUUCUGGGGAGCAUAAAGAAUUCUGGGGGAUGAAGGAAGUUUGGGUGACUGAUGGCGGAAGGGGGGUCCAGGGAACAAGGCCUUGUGGGGAAAGUACAACUUCACUUCUCUCUGUUGUCCCAGACCAUGAACUACGUGGGGCAGCUGGCAGAGUCGGUGUUUGUGACGGUGAAGGAGCUGUACCGGGGCCUGAACCCAGCCACGCUCACGGGGGGCAUCGAUGUCAUCGUGGUGCGCCAGCCCGACGGCAGCCUCCAGUGCUCCCCAUUCCACGUGCGCUUCGGCAAGCUGGGGGUGCUGCGCUCCAAAGAAAAAGUGGUGGACAUUGAGAUCAACGGGGAGCCAGUUUACCUGCAAAUGAAGCUGGGGGACAACGGAGAAGCUUUCUUCGUGGAGGAAAAUGAGGAUUUUGAGUCCAGAGUGCCAGCCCACCUCUGUACGUCACCCAUCCUCAUCGAGCUCCCGGAGGGGGCCGAGGAGACCUUUGAAGGCCCCCCCACUUCCGGUAGCACACGCAGGAAGAAGCGGCGGCGCAAACGCAUACGCUCCGACUCCCACCUAAGAGAUGAUGGCAGCUCCUCGUCCGAUGAGAGGGAGAGAGAGCGGGAGCAGACUGAACAGGAGAGCCCUUCCAAAGAAGAGCUCUCCACAUCCAUGCUCGCCAGUAAGUCGGUGUACUUCUCGCUGUCUGAGCAACCGUAUGAAGAGUUUGGGGCCGUGCAGACCAGGGACGUACACCCUCACUCAGAGGGAGAGUGGUCCCCCUCAGAGAGCAGUGUGUUCUACAGUCGUCCUUCCUCCCCCAAGAGUGACUCCGAGCUGCUGGUGAAGCCUCAGGAGUCCUCAGGGCCUCAGAUGCAGUGGAACUGGGGUGGCUUUCCAAAGAUGUGUUUGGCGGAGAGGGGGACGGUGGAAGUGCAGCGCGUCUCCCCUGGUAUCCACUGCUCGGACAGCUCCCACUUCCGCACCAUCCAGUGGCAGGACUCCUUCGACAUGGGCCAGGAGCCCGAUUUCAGCUGUGGCCGAGCGAACAGUAGCGUAACUGUGGUGGUCAGGCCCAAGCCCAGGACAGGACCACCGGUCCCACCCACAGAGACUUCCCCCAUAGACCUGGAGAGAACCUCUAAGAGAAGCUCCAGCCCAUAUCACCCCACCGCAGAGCCACUGACUUUAGCAUCAUUAGCGAUGGCUAGCAUGGACUCUUCCCAGGCUCCAGGGCAUACAAAAAAGCUGCCCCAAGUAGAGACCCUGCAGGCAGGGGAGGAGGGAGCCAAGGAGUCUGCAUCCAACCUGGAGCUGAAAGAGGCAAGAUCCUCCCUGGCUAACAUAGUUAGCAUUGCUAAUGGAGGAAAUACUGAUAGCGUAGCUAGUGAAGGAAGCAUAGGUGAUGUUGAAUGUGUAGCUAACACAGUUAGCCUAAUUGAAAAAGACUGCAUAGACACACCUAUCCCACCCCAAAAGGGUAGCAAAGCUUGCACAGACAGACUAGCUAGCAACAGGAUAGAUACUUUAGCAAACACUGCUAGCUUACCUGACACUGCUAGCUUAGCCAAUGCAGCAGGUACCAACAUUGUCACAGAGUCUCUCGAUAGGAUAGAACACCCAGACCAGGACAGUGCCUUACCAGAAACCAAUGGACAGGGGUUUGCAGAAGGAGUUAUCGUGAGUGAGUGCAACAGCGGGAUCAAGCCCUGCACCGAGGGAGGGGAGGAGAUGGAGAUCAAAUCUGUUAUGACGGACAGAGCCCCAGAGGGCUCCCUGACCAAUCAGGCUGCGGAGAGUAUUGGAGUGACAGACAUGGAAGCCACUGAGGCUCUGGGGGAGGAGCAUUCUGGCUCAGCAGUCACAACGGGCAAAGCAGAGCACAGAGACAAGAAGAAAGGUAAACGCAGUCAGCACCUAGGACCCUCCGACAUCUACCUGGACGACCUGUCUAACCUUGACCCAGAGGUGGCAGCUCUCUACUUCCCGCCUAAAGGUGAGACAGAAGGGAGCUCGCGGCAGGGUGCUGAGCAAGGGUCUGGGUCUGGUAACCAGUCUCCCCAGUCGGUGGGCAGCGGGGCCAUGGACAGCGGAACAGAGUACCUGUCGGACUCCACCUCCGACCACAUGGAUGUCAGCAUGUCCCUCUGCGGCCGCACCGGCCACACCAGCCAAAUCAACAAAGAUAAGUUUAUGGAACAAGUUGUGAACUACCAAGAUUUGGUGAGCAACCCUGGACUUAUCGAAGAUCCAAAUCUGGUUAUCUGCAUCAACUCAAAGUACUAUAACUGGGCAGUAGCUGCCCCUAUGGUCCUGUCAAUGCAAGUCUUUCAAAAGAAUCUACCAAAGAGUGCCAUUGACCAGCUGGUGAAGGAUAAGAUGCCCAAAAAGUCUGGCCGCUGGUGGUUCUCCUGGAGGAGGAAGGACAUGGACACUAACCCAAACCAGCCUGGAGAGAAUUCCAAGCAGGAUCAAGAGAAGGCACAAGCAGAGACUGAAGAAGCCUCAACCUCUGUUUCCGGUCACUCAACAACGAUACUGGCCACUCUCGAUGACCUGACAAGCGACGAGGAGGCGGGCCUGGGCCGAGAUGGCAGCCUAUCAUCAGAGACCUCCGAGACCAUGACCACCGCCCAGUGUUUCAGCCAGAUGUACCGGAAGUCCCUACGCCUCACUUCCGAUCAGAUAGAGCGGUUGAACCUGCGGGAAGGGGCCAACAAGGUGGUGUUCAGCGUGACCACUCAGUACCAGGGCACCUGUCGCUGCGAGGCCGCCAUCUACCUGUGGAACUGGGACGACCGCGUCGUCAUCUCAGACAUCGACGGAACCAUCACCAAGUCUGAUGCUCUUGGGCAUAUCCUACCUCAGCUGGGGAAAGACUGGACGCACCAGGGCAUCGCCCGACUGUACCACAAAAUCCACCAGAACGGCUACAAGUUCCUGUACUGUUCAGCGCGGGCCAUCGGCAUGGCCGAUAUCACCAAGGGCUACCUGCAGUGGGUGAACGACAAAGGCACCGUCCUCCCCAAGGGCCCUGUUCUGCUGGCCCCCAGCAGUUUCUUCUCUGCCCUGCACAGAGAGGUGGUGGAGAAAAAGCCUGAGGUGUUUAAGGUUGCCUGCCUUACCGACAUCCGAGAUCUGUUCAACCCCCAGAGGCAGCCCUUCUACGCAGCCUUCGGUAACAGGACCAAUGAUGCCUAUGCCUAUAAGAAGGUGGGUGUCCCUGACACCAGGAUCUUCACUGUGAACCCCAAAGGAGAGCUCAUUCAAGAGAAGACCAAAGGGAACAAGUCAUCGUACACACACCUCGGCGAGCUGGUGGAGCACUUCUUCCCUGAGAUCUCCAAGGAUGGGACUUCAUCCUCCUUCCACUGCCCUGAGUACAGCCACUUUUCCUACUGGAGAGAGCCCCUACCACCACUGGACAUGUCCUCACUGGACUAGACACACACACACACACACACACACACACACCACUGGACAAGUCCUCUCUGGACUAGACACUAGCGCGCAUGCACACACUUUCUUUCCUCCCCUUUGCUACUUUUCCUUCUCUCUCGCUCUCUGUCGAUCCGUUUCUGAAUUCAUAAAUGGCUUUACUAAGUGUUCAUUGCCUGGAAUAUUCUAGAUGUGAAAGAUUCUCAUUUAAUAUACUCUAUAUUUUCCUGUGUCAUUAAUCUAAUGCAAUAGAGAAGACCAAGCUAAAGUGUAUGGAUUUCCAAAAAAUACUGGGAGACACACACAGACAUGCACAGAGCUAAAUUGAGACCAAAUAUGCAUUGAUGACUGUUCAGUUUACGCAACACUGUAUACUUCAUAUCGUGGAAUAUUGAUUGCAAAAUGUCACUGCACUGGCUGUGCCAUAUUGCCAUUAUCCAAACGAUACUGGAGCAAGGUACAUUUGUGCGUCUCAAGAGUUCCAAAAAGAGCGUUGCCACUUUAAAACACAGUUAGCAAACCUGCAUACUAAUAUACUAUACAAAUUAUAACAUCUACGUACAGACGCAACUGGACAAAAAUACCCUUCUGAGUUUUAAGUUUGUUUUCUCACUUGUUUGCCUGAACUUUCUACUUCAUUUGGAUACAAUUCCAUCCUAUAUAUUGUUUUGAAAAACAUAUUUAUUAGCUCAUUGUACUAUUGAGCGCAAAACAGCUUUUUAGCGUAGAAAAGGUAAGUAGGCCUUCAGCUUGAUUUGAAAACAAAGCCCCCCAAAAAACAAUGCCAAACCACGUGAGUAUUUAUGCCUUGUGUUCUAAUGGGACUGAUCUGGAAUUGUCCAACUUUCUCUCUGCCUGUACUCGCUAUAGUCCAUUGCAGUGACGACUCAGUAGUCUGCUUUAAAGGGAUAGUUCACCCACAUUUCUCCCUUUUUUCUGUACUUUAAAAGUAGUCCAUAGACUAUUAUGAUAGACUGCAGUACACUCUUCCCAUGUGAUGGUGGAACAUUGAAUGUCAGCAUGACCAAGUAACCGUACUUUGAGUUUUACAUUAGAUGAGUAAAGGACAAAACCAUUUUAUUUUUACAGUGCUAAAAUGAGAUUAGUGUAAAAACUCUAAAAAAGCAAUAGAAGUGUGUGUGCAUGUUGACCCCAAAGAGUAUAUUGUAGCUCGAAAAUACAGUCAUUGUAAUGGAGACAAUGUGUUGAGUUGUAGCCUAGCGUGAUGAGUAAGCCCGUCCGUCUGAGACCAAAAUUACUUGAACUGCUGCUUUUGACUGGAAGCUAGCUUUUUGAUCUAGUUUAUAGUUGACUUCGCUAUGUAUUUUGGAGCUCUUGCAUCAAGGAUUUGGUAGCAGUUGGAUACACACAGGCCCCAACUAGAAACGGGACCCAACCAGAAGCAAUGCCUAGCCCCUGCCCCCGCACAGUGGUCAGGGUGGUGCAUCAGGCUUCUUGCACCCUGGAAAAAGUGUUUCAGCUUUACACAAGAGACGAGGGAGUAGGGUCUAGGGGUUGUUUCAGGACAGGUGCAAUGGCAUAGUAGGUUAGAGGUUGAUUCUAAAGUCUGGGUUAAAGCUAUAGCCCCUCAUUAGCUUUUGUCACUCCGAGGUGCGUUAUGGGCGAGAUCUUAGCAGAAUGUGUGUUGCUACUAGUUAACAGUAGGCUCGGAUCACACCACUCUCUUUAAGGUUACUACACUUCAUGUUUUCGAGCUGAGCCAUAUAGAUAUUUAUAUAUGGUUUCGAUGCGGUUUUAUACGAGGCCGUACGUGAAUCGGGUGGUUCAGAAUCGGACACAUUCCAGGGUUGAUUAAAUAGAACCGGUUGGGGAAUUGAAAUGGUCUGAUUUGACACGGUGCCUUCUUGUUUAUAUGAUUCAUAAGCUUUUUAUAUGUAUUGAUAUUUCUAAAUAUAUUGUUUAAUGUCAUCCAAAGUAAUACCAUGGGCUCUGUGUGGAGACUAGAGAAAUUGCAUUGGACCCGAAAAGCCCUGUCGUUGCUGUAAGUUUUUAUCAAAUUAUCUUAAUAUAAAGUAAAUACUGUAAAACACA